GGCAGUGGCGUCAUAUGAAGUCUGGCUGCAAAUCUCGUUAUUGCUAUGGCGGCAACUUCUGCUGCGCUCUCCCUGCGCGUGGUGGCCGAAUGCGGGCAGACUAGGGCUCGUGCUUGUGAGUUGCGACUGCCUCAUGGUCUCGUUGAUUGCCCAGUCUUCAUGCCCGUCGGCACGCAGGGAACCAUGAAAGGGCUUACCGCCCUGCAGCUAGAUGCGCUGGGAUGCCGCCUGUGCUUAGGCAACACCUACCAUCUGGGCAUGCGACCUGGACUAGAGCUUAUCAAAAAAGCCAAUGGACUCCAUAGCUUUAUGAACUGGCCAAGAAACUUACUCACGGAUAGUGGUGGUUUUCAGAUGGUAUCUCUGGUGGAGUUCUCCAAGGUGACAGAGGAGGGAGUACAUUUCUGUUCUCCUUAUGAUGGCAAGCAGAUUCUGCUAACACCAGAAAAAUCCAUUGAAAUACAGAAUGCUCUUGGCUCUGACAUUAUAAUGCAAUUAGAUGAUGUGAUCAGCAGCACUCUCAGUGGACCCCGUGUGGAGGAUGCCAUGUUAAGGUCUAUUCGCUGGUUGGACAGAUGUAUUGCAGCACACAGCAAACCUAACCAGCAGAAUUUAUUUGCUAUUAUUCAGGGUGGGCUGGAUCCUAUCCUUCGAAACAAAUGUCUGGAAGAGAUGACUAAACGAGAUGUGCCAGGCUUUGCUAUUGGAGGUCUGAGUGGUGGUGAGGCCAAAGAUCACUUCUGGAGGAUAGUAGCCCUCAGCACAAAACAUCUCCCAAAGAACAAGCCUCGCUACCUUAUGGGAGUUGGUUAUGCUACUGAUCUGGUAGUGUGUGUAGCCCUCGGCUGUGACAUGUUUGACUGUGUCUACCCAACAAGGACAGCACGCUUUGGUUCAGCUUUGGUCCCUUGGGGCUCCCUACAGCUGAAGAACAAACAAUAUGCCAAGGAUUUCCGGCCCAUUGAUGAAAACUGUGCCUGCCCUACCUGCCAGAGAUAUAGUCGAGCUUUCUUGAAUGCUCUCUAUCCUAUUGAUUCAGCUGCCAAGCAUCACAUUACCAUCCAUAAUAUUGCGUACCAGAUGAACCUGAUGCAUUUGAUCCGCGAGAAUAUAACUAAGCAAAAGUUUCCACAAUUUGUUCAGAAUUUCAUGAAGACUAUGUAUGGGAACUCCAGCAGCUAUCCCCAAUGGGCUGUGGAGGCUCUGGCCUCAGUUGGAAUUAAUCUGGAGUAAGAGACAUCAAGAAACACUCUGGAUCCUAGACUUUCCUUGGGUUUGAUUGCCCUUUCAUGACUGACUUAGCCUUGCUUUCCAGAACAAUUACUUGGGUGGUGAUAAAACCUGAAGACUUCUUUCCUUUCAAGGAGUGGUGGAGAAAAAUUUAGUUUCUUGUCUGCUAAUCUAUCACAAUGGUCUUAUCACAGUGAUUGGAGUUUAAAUUGAAGAUGUCUAGAAGUUCUCUUUUAUAGUUCUUGCUAUUUUAAACAUUAAAUUUUCUAAUAUUAAUUUAUCUUGAUUAAAUGGUUUGUUUAAAUGUG